CUACCGGUGCAAUGGCGACUGGGACUCUCUACACGUACCCCGAAAACUUUCGUGCUUACAAGGCACUAAUCGCUGCUCAGUACAGCGGUGCAAAAGUCACCGUCUCCUCUGGCUUCAAAUUAGGAGAAUCUAAUACCACGAAGGAGUUCCUGCAAAAAUUUCCACUUGGAAAGGUUCCGGCCUUUGAAAGUAGCAAUGGUGAUUGUGUCUUCGAAAGCAAUGCCAUAGCCCACUAUGUUGGAAAUGCUCAGCUGCAAGGCAGUAACACCCAUGACCAGGCUGUAAUCCAGCAAUGGAUUAAUUUUGGUGACAAUGAAAUUUACCCAGCGUCAUGCACCUGGGUGUUCCCUACUCUAGGGAUUACACCAUUUAACAAGCAGGAAGGUGAUAAGGCAAAAGAGCAGAUGAAAAAAGCUCUGACGGUGCUCAAUAAUUAUUUAAGGACAAGGACUUACCUCGUUGGAGAGCGCAUCUCCCAAGCUGACAUCAGUCUUGCAUGUAACCUCAUGCUUGCUUACCAAAAUGUUAUGGAUCCAUCAUUCCGAGGGUCAUUUGGAAAUGUGAACCGGUGGUUCAACACGCUCAUCAAUCAACCACAAUUCAAGUCUGUCAUUGGGUCAUUCUCCCUUUGUUCCAAAAUGAAGGAGGCAGAUGGAAAGAAAUAUGCAGAGCUCCAUGGUGGUGGUAAAAAGGAAGGCAAGUCCAAGAAGGAACAAAAGAAGGAACAGCCUAAGAAGCAACAGCCGAAGAAAGAAACGGAGGUGGAACCAGAGGAUGAUAUACCACAAUUACCCAAAGAAAAGAAGGACCCUUGGGCAGAGUGUCCACCAACAAAAUUCAACUUUGAUGAAUUUAAAAGGGAAUAUUCCAAUAAGGAUAUAGUGAAAGAGGCGUUACCUUACUUCUGGAAACACUUUGAGCCAGAAAACAUGUCUAUUUGGCAUUGUGACUACAAUUACAAAGAUGACCUGUCACAAGUCUUCAUGACCUCAAACCUGAUGAGAGGAUUUUUCCAAAGAAUUGACAAAAUGCGCAAGAAUUCCUUUGCAAGCAUGUGCAUUUUAGGAGAAGAGAAGGGUCACAAUAUAAGUGGCGUUUGGUUCUGGAGGGGACAAAAUCUUGCUUUUGAGUUGAACGAGGACUGGUCUGUGGACUAUGAAUCAUACACAUGGAAAAAACUAGACCCUAGUGAUGAGAAAGACAGGAAAUUGGUGGAAGAUUACUUUAGCACGCCUGAUAUAGUUAAUGGGGAAAAAUUCAUUGACGGAAAUGUCUUCAAGUGAUUGAUGACAGCAGUGAAAACUUAUUUAUACUUACAGAAUGGGACAGAUGGAUAAUACUUGGAAGUGCUGUGUCAUAUAGACAUUAAACAUGUUGACAGUGAACUGGUAAA